AUGCGCUGCGUCUACUGCUGGCGCUACUUCAGCGACGAGCGCAUCGAGAAGCAUCAGAGCAUCUGUGGGAACCUCAAGAGUGCUCGGCCGAAAGGCCUGGACGGCGAGCAAACCCAGACAGGUGCCAAGGUCUUCAACGCCAAGGCAAAGCGCACCGGCACCGGACCCUCCUUCGUCUCCCCCGAGGCGUAUCGACGCAAGGAGGAAGAGGAGGAGCGGGAGCUCCGGAGGGCGAGAGAGCAGGCGCAGAAGAAAUCGUCUUGGCGCAGACAACACGAAGAGUUCGUUUCAGCCUGUCGCGCCGGUAGGGGCGAGGAGGUACCACCCCGGCCGGCGGACCAUUCGGGCAUGAUCCAGUGCCACCACUGUGGGCGGCACUUCAACCCGGAAGCGGCGGAGCGGCAUAUUCCGAUCUGCGCCAAUGUGGUGAACCGACCCAAGCCGCCGCCCUCCCCGGCGCGGGGGCCAGCGUCGCCUGCCAGGCCUCCUUCAGAAGCCUCGCCCAAAAAGCGCCGGCCUUCCGGCGGGCGCUCGCCGGCGCCCGAUGCACGUGGCGGUGCCAGGGAGGAGCUGCCCUCAGUGCGCAGCAGCUCCAUGGGCUCGGUGGGCGGCUCCGGCGCCCGCGCGGCGCGCACCUUGCGCUCCGAAGCAUCGGAUGGGCGUCUGCCAAAGGUGGACUCGAGCCAAGGCAUGAGGCCACGAAAGGAAAAGAUCACCACGCACGCGGGACCCGACGUCUUGGACGAGACCAACGUGCCGGAGCACCUCGCGAACGAGGUCCGUCAUCGCCUCGACGCCUCACGGAGCGCCAUGAUGCUCCGGCUACUGCGGCAAGUGCCUCAGGAGGCACUGUCGCAGGAGCUGAAAGAUGUGGGCGUGAGUUGCGAGGGCCUCGACAAGGAGGGGCUCGUUCAGGCCAUGGUGCAACAGCUCUCGUAA